CUCUCAAAACCCAAAACCAGGAAGUUAUAAAUAUCCAAUUUGUAAUCCUCAAGUAAAAACCCAAAAAUACUCGGAAGGUACAACCGCUCCAACCCCAAGCAUGGCAGAUUUGAUGGUAAUGAAGGAGAUUGAAGACAAAGCGUCCAAACUCAGAAUCUUCAGUGACGACGUAGAUGUUUUUCGAAUGGAGAAUCCUAAAUUUGAUACUAUCUUUGAGUUCGAUACUCAGGGCCAAAUUUCUAGGGAAUCCUUGAUGCAGUUAACGUUGGUCGAACAACUCCGGGAGAGACAGGAAAUGGAGAAGAAGCUUCAGAAAUUGGCCAAAACCAUGGAUCAUUUGGAAAGAGCAAAGAGAGAAGAGGCUGCUCCGCUAAUUGAAGCUGCAUAUCAACAUGGAUUAGUGGAAGAGAGGAUUCUUUAUGAGCGUGAGCAACAACAAGAGGUUGAACUAAGCAGACAGCGCCAUGCUGCAGAUCUCAUUGAGAAGGAGAGGCUUAGUCGAAUGAUGGGCUGUAAAGAGAUAUAUCAAGAGAGGGUUGUGAGUCACCGCCAAGUGGAAUUCAAUAGACUGAUGAGAGAAAGGGAGGAGCGUAUCUCUAGGAUUUUACCCUCCAGGAAACAGGAGAGGGAAAAAAUGAGAAAAUUGAAGUAUUAUCUUGAGCUGGAAGAGGAGAGAAAACAAAAACUGCUCAAAGAAGAAGAAGCUCGGAAGCGUCAAGAUGCUGAGAGAGAAAAAAUAUGGAACAAGCUGAAGCAGAAAUGGAUGAGUUUUUUAAAAGCGGAGGCAAAGUGAAAUUGAAGAAAAGGCUGAGAGGGAGAGGAGGGAAGCACUGCUGGGCAGACCUACUGAACUAGCUAUGAGGCCUUAUGGUGAAACUUUGACAAAAAACAACUGAAGCAUAUUUUUUAAUUUAGUAGUAAUUAUAAUUCAUUUAAAAUUAGUGUAAUUGAUUUUGAAAUGGAAAUUUAGUUAGUCUAUUUUUGAAUUUUAUGUUUAUGAGCAUGACAUUUUAUUAU